AUGGCAACGAAACCACGAACCUCCAAUUAUUUCCCCCCAAAAUCUGCAAAUUCCAAGUCCAUGAGCCCUAGCAUGACUAGAGGCCCUGGUGGCCCACGCAAAUAUGCCCAUAAUGUCGACGCCGCUCGAGAACGGGAAAUGCACUUGUACCUCCCGUACUGGGGCUACUCGACAUCGGAAAAGUUUGCUCAAGAGUCAUCCGGCAAUGGGCCGAAUGCAUCGCGCGACAAUGUUCUGACAGUAUUCGCACAAUUGGCAAGCUUACGCUUGAAUGCGAAAAGAGCUCUCAUUUCGCUUUUCGAUCGGACUACUCAGCAUGUUGUCGCCGAAGCAACUCCUCGACUUAGUCUUCGUGGCGCCAAGAAUGAUGACAAGAGUCUUUGGCGAGGCGUUCAACAGCUUCCACGAGAAAGUAUCACAAUGUGCAAUGUGGCGAUGCAGACGUUUGCAACGAAGGGAGAGGUUGAAUAUUUUGCUGUCCCCAACCUCACCCAAGAUCACCGAUUUCAGUCCGAUGCAUCUGUUACUGGCCCGCCUCAUAAUCGUUUUUAUGUCUCCGUCCCCAUAAUAUCACCCGGCGACUAUGUGAUCGGGAGCAUUGCUGUUUUGGACGAUGAGCCACGAGUAGCCAUGACCGAGGAGCAAACACAGUUCUUACAGGAACUCAGUCUAACCAUCAUGGAUCACCUCAUAUCGCAGAGAGCUAUGCGCGAGGAAGAUCGCGAAGAAAGAAUGAUCAGAGCACUCGGGUUAUUCGUGCAAGGGAAAUCAGAUCUUGCCGAAGGAAUUGACAGUCGCGAUCAUGUCGAGAACAAGGCCGGCAAUCAGCUUGCCGAGAUCAACCGAAAGCUAGAAAGCUUUCAGCUCUCAGACGCCAUCUCCAAAAUCCCAGAAGAGUCGGCGUUAGAAGCAUACCCGCCUGAUUAUGCUAAUAGUAAUUCCAUUGGCCAGGGGAAAAACGAGAAGGGAGGAGUUGCAGAAAAAGUCGCGCAAAGCAGUCGGAGUCGAUCGCCUAUUCAGAAAUUCGAAUGCGACGAGAGCAAGCUGAGAGUAUCAAAGGAGAAGGGGGAAAACGAGCAGCGACCGCCUCUCUCGCCCACCACAAGCCAGCUGCAGGAGAAGCUAGCUCCAUUCAGCGUCCAACACGUACUUGACAGGGCUUCGUGCUUGAUGAAUCAGGCGUUAGACGUGGAAGGGGUUAUGUUUCUUGAUGCAAGUGUGUAUGCUCGACGUCAGAUGAUUGGUCCCCCAGAUGGGAAAAGCGAGAGCGACCCCAGUGAUUUCGAGAUCGAAUAUGAGACGCAAACCCAUUGGGAAUCCAUGGGAGCCGAGAAUUCAGGGCCUAAGAGUUUAGUCUUGGGGUAUUCGACAUCGUCAUCAGCCUCGAGUGAUGAAAUUGAUCAACAAGCACGACACUAUUUUUCUUUGCCAGGUGCCUUCAUUAGCCAUCUCAUUGAAAGGUAUCCUCGCGGGAAAAUCUUUCACAUCGAGGAUGAUGGAACUAUCGCAGCGAGCUAUGAGGGCUUGGCAGAUGAUAUGAGCCAGGCCCAUUACGUCGGUGGAAAGAAGGUUGUCGAAGGAUCCACUAGAGAAAAGGAUAUCCGCCAAGAAACCAUGGACAUCAAGUACCUCCACAGGGCGUUGCCCGACGCCAGAUGUAUUGGUAUCUAUCCGGUUUGGGACUUCCAGCGAAGUCGAUGGUUUACCGUGAACCUGAUUUGGUCUAAUGACCCUGGCCGAGUUUUAUCAGAACCAAAGGACCUGACAUACAUGGCUGCUUUUAGCAACAGCGUGAUGGCCGAGGUGUCUAAAACGGAUUUGGAAGCUGCCGAUCGAGCAAAAGGGGCUUUCAUAUCGUCUAUCUCGCACGAACUACGCUCUCCACUGCACGGUGUGCUCGGUACCGCCGAGUUAUUACGGGAUUCGGUCAACACGUACACCCAAAGGGGGCUUGUCGAAACAGUCCACAGCUGUGGUCGGACAUUGCUUGAUACACUCAAUCACCUGUUUGACUACGCCAAAAUAAAUACUCUAACGCAGCCCCGGGGCAGUGGCGGAGAAGAUGGGAAAACAAACCGUUCGAAAGCAAAAGCAACAGUUCCUGGUGCCACACAAGACCAAAACCUCAGCUCUCUGGUGCAAGAAGUUGCCGAAGGCUUAAUUGCCGGACGAGACUUUCUAGACAGAGAGGAGAAUUAUGCACCCGAAUCACGGAAACGAUACCGCAAAUGUUCUCAAGUGUCUGAGAAUGGAGACGAUCGACCUCGACUGCUGACGGUAGUUGAUAUAGAGUGGCAAGAAAACUGGCAUUACUCAGUCUAUAGCGCGGCAUGGCGCCGGAUAGUCAUGAAUUUGUUCGGAAAUGCCCUGAAAUAUACCGAGGCGGGCUACGUCAGUCUCUUCAUGAAAAAGGAUACGAUUAGCUUACAUGGUGAAAGCCUAGUGCCAGCUGUCCGCAUCACUAUUACUGAUUCUGGACGGGGCAUGUCGCAGGAUUAUCUGCUUCACGGUCUCUACACUCCCUUCAUCCAAGAGGAUAAUCAAUCACCAGGUCUUGGAGUGGGUCUGAGUCUUGUACACCAGAUUGUCAAAUCACUCAAUGGAAAAAUUGAGAUUCGGAGCAAAAUUGGCGAAGGAACCGAAGUUGACGUUGUCCUUCCCAUUUCUGGAGCCGAGUCGAUUCCCACGUCAAUGUGUCCGUUCCUUGACCUGCAAAAACGCCUGAAAGGAAAGAGCGUCUCAUUCUUCACCAAAAGCUUUGAGCGAGGUGAUCUUGGUAUCAAGCAGCAAGUGUUUAGUGAUAUCAAAUCUAGUUUGACUCGGAUGGUGCAAGACUGGUUCGACCUGGAAGUGCUCGACAAUAGCGAGCUGCAGCAAAAUCGCCCCGAUUUCUUAAUUGUUACUGAACAUGAAUAUCGGCAAUUUGCUCAUAGCCCUGAGAAUUCCGACAUCCGACAGUCAAUGGAACCCCAGCACGCAUACCCGUUGAUAGUGUUGAGUGGUCAUACAGGUAACUGGAAAGUGGUGAAAGAGAAUUCACAAGAUCGGGCGAUUUUCCUCUCACAGCCAGUGUGUCCCAAGACCUUAAAAAAGGUCUUCAAUUAUUGCCUCGACAAUGAAGGAAUUGAGUUCGAUGAAAAUGCUAUAUCUCCACCGCUUGUUGAGAGUCACGAGAUUCAACAAAUCUAUGGAAUGAGCCUCAACAACUUGGGUUCGACGGGCUCAGAAAUGGAUAAAGCCCGCAAGGAUGAUGAUGUUGGCACCCUCCCAAAUGAUAGACCGAAUGUGCUUCUCGUCGAAGAUAACCCAGUGAAUCUGAAGUAUGUUCAGAUCAUCGAGGCAUGCGUCAAGAACGCGAAACUCCCUUAUAAAACCACAGUCAAUGGCCUUGAAGCGUUGAACAAGUACAAGGCCGAGAGAUUUGAUGCAGUUAUUAUGGGUAUUUUACCGCAAGAGCUAGCUCUGCCGCUUCAAGUUUCUCCUAACUCUUGCCUAGACAUAUCGAUGCCCAUCAUGGACGGACUUUCGGCAACUCGCGAAAUGCGCCAUUUCGAGAAGAUGUGCGAAUUGGAGCCGACCACCAUUAUUAUUUUGACUGCGUUCCUAUCCGCCGAGACGCAACAGGAGGCAGCGAUCAGCGGAGUAAACGAAUUUCUGACGAAGCCCACUCCUCUGAAACAGCUUAAACAGAUGCUGCAGAACUUGCCACGGCGCAAGUCCUCGAUUAAGUCAUGA